ACAAAAUGGCGGACAAACAAACAGAGAAAAAAUCUGGCAGCAGCCAUUUAAAACGAUUUUUGAAAGAUUUAAAGUUGUUUAAAGGAACAAGCUCAAAUGUUGAAGAACUUCAAGGUAGGUUGCUAGCUGUGGUUUGUUCUCGUCCUGUUAGUCUCAGUGAAGUGGAAAGGUUAAUUUUAAAGGGAGCUCCAGUGAAUUCAAGGAGUGAGCUUUGGCAAGACUAUACAGCUUUGCAUUUUGCGUGCAGGAAUGAUGAUAUUCCUACUGUUCAACUACUUAUUCAAUAUGGUGCUGAUGUAAAUGCGAGAGGAGACGAUGGCUCUACACCAUUACAUGCUGCGUUGAGUGGUUCACGGGAGCCUCAGUGUAACUUGAUAAAACUUUUACAUAAAAACGGUGCUAACUUGAACGCUUUGAAUUUCCGAGGAGAGACUCCUUUACAUUUAGCAGCAACAUCACAGUCUACUUCUAGUGCUACGACACUAAUUUCGCUAGGUGCUGACCCAUUUAUAUCGACAUACCAGUACCAGUAUGAAAGCGCGACCAGUCGCAUGGCCUGUCCCAUUGGCAAAAUGGGUAGACCAAUCGGCCACUGUUUGACCUCAGGGAGACUCCAACUCAUUCUUCUUUUUCUUCAACACGGCGAUUCCUUUGAAGAUUAUAAAACUUCUACUCUUUUCUAUGCAUAUUCAAGGUCUAUGAACUUAGAAAUUGUUAAGUUGCUGGUCGAAGCUGGCUUGAGAGUGCCUCAGGAUAUCUUCCGAAGGGAGGAUAUGAGCUUGAGUUUUGAAAAGUGGCCAGACAGCUUUAUUGAAUGGCUUACAGGUCCAAGGUCAUUACAGCUACAGAGUAUGAGGACAAUAAGAAAUUGUGUUGGAAAUAGAAACUUAGGAAGAAUAGCAGAGCUCUCUUUGCCGACUAAGUUAAAAGACCGAUUGAUGUUCAAGUUUGAAGGCAUUGGAGUGAAGAAUGAUUCAAAUUGUUGUGUCGAUAAAGGUGUUGGAAAGACAAGCAGAGGAAUGUAUUUUUUCAAUAUUUAUGAUCAUGCCAUACCAUGCAGGUGUAUUUCAAGCUAGACAUUUAUGACUGACUGUUGUCGGUUCCAUGCGAUGACGAGGAUGAGGAGUGUAGCCAGGAUUUUCCAAAGGGGGGAGGGGGGGGAGCAAAUUAAAAAAUGCUUCAUUUUGUUUGGGCCCCCAAAACGAUGAACCAAAUAAAGCAUUACUGUUUAAAUUCUAAAAAGCUGCAAUUUGUUGCCACAAAGAGGGAGCCAUGGCCCCCUCAUCCCUGCCUAUACACCCUUGAGGAUUAAAGUUGCAAAAAGUUAAUUCGUGUUUGUAGUCAUAACCAUGGGCGGAUCCAGGGGGAGGGUCGGGGGGUCGCGA